AUGGAGCUCAAGGAAGAGUGGAUUUUGGCGGAUGAAGUUUUCGAAAACCCGCUCCUAAGGUCGAACCUUUUAGGGCUAAAAUACUACGGUUUGUUACUGCAUGAUACACAGUCCUUUAAAAAGAUGCACUGCUUCCGUGGCGCAGUGUUCACGCUAUCGAUGGUUUUGUUCAACUUUACACAGUACAUCGAUUUGGGACAGGUUUGGGGUUCCGUUUCGGAUAUGACGGCAAAUGCGGCCACGACGUUGCUGUUCACGACCACCAUUUUCCGUAUCAUCUUCUUUUAUGUACAUCGAACAAGAUUCAACAACAUUAUUCGUUUGGCCAAUGAAGGAAUUAAACGGAUUGUAAAGGACGCUUGGGUGGACGAGCAGAAAAUACUGAUCAGCAAUGUACGGUAUCUGAAACGGCUGUCUGUUGUGUUCUGGAGUUGCGCCUUGAUUACCGCCAAUACGAUGUGUGUUUUUUCAUUGGUCCAAUAUUUCAUGUAUGAACGGUCACCAGAUGAUCGUUCGGAGGAAGAAAAGGGUGGCUGUGUGGGAGCGGUCAUGAAUUGUUCCACCACCCAACAGUAUUUCGCAAAGAUUCUCAGAUCCUGGUAUCCUACAUCGCCGGGGAAUGACCAUUUCGUCGAGAUCUAUCUGAUCCAGCUGUACAUCAUGUACGUGGGUCAAUUGAUCGUACCCUCGUGGCACAUGUUCAUAGUUACUCUUAUGAUCUACGGACGCAUCGAGUGCAAUGUCCUGAACCAUCGUGUACGUUCUCUCGCUCGUUACCAUAAGGUGCAUGAAGCGGAGGGAAUCCCAACGAAAUCCGGCUCAUUCGAUCCGGUGGACAAUCCCGAACGUCGCGCGCUGAUAAUCGAUUGCGUGAAGCGCCAGUCGAAGCUGGUAGCGUUUACCAGAGAAUUAGAGCAGCUGACCAGGGCGGCCGUUUUUCUUGACUUUGUCGUGUUCUCGGUACUCCUCUGUGCUCUGCUACUCGAAGCAUCGAUAACCACUUCCGUGGUGCAGAUGUUUAUCGACAUUUGUUACAUCACGACCAUGACCACGAUCCUGUUCCUCUACUAUUGGCACGCGAAUGAGAUUAACGUUUGUGUGGGUACAAAAUGGGGUAAGAAACAUACGAAAAUGGUAAAUCGGGAUGUGCAUUUUCAGGCCAAUCAACUAUCGAUGUCGGCGUACACCAGCGACUGGUAUCGGUACGAUCGUACGACCAACCAAAUGCUUCAGCUCUUUAUCAUGUACAGCAAUCGACCGUUGAAAAUGCACGCAUUCUUCAUCACGAUGUCUUUGGAUACGUUUUUGGCGAUAUUACGUGCAUCAUACAGCUACUUUACGAUCCUUAAACAAUUGACCGAUUAACCUGCAACGUCACCAUAUU